CAUCAUCCAUACUACAGUCAGGAGCCCAACAGCUCCCAACGAGGCUUCACUCCCAGAAUCUGAGCUUCCGGCAUCUUCUACACCCGCCUAUCCAGCUCGCUCGCCUGAGCGUCGCAACCCUCUGAGCAGCCUCCAGCGACCAUGUCCGGACGCGGCAAGGGCGGCAAGGGCCUGGGCAAGGGCGGUGCCAAGCGUCACCGCAAGGUGCUCCGCGACAACAUUCAGGGCAUUACCAAGCCCGCUAUUCGCCGUCUGGCUCGCCGUGGCGGUGUGAAGCGCAUCAGCGGCCUGAUCUACGAGGAGACGCGCACCGUGCUGAAGACGUUCCUGGAGAACGUUAUCCGCGACUCGGUCACCUACACGGAGCACGCCCGCCGCAAGACCGUCACCGCCAUGGACGUGGUCUACGCGCUCAAGCGCCAGGGCCGCACCCUGUACGGCUUCGGCGGCUAAGCCGGCGGCUGGAAAGCUGCUGGUGCCGCCGUGGGUGAGGGAGUCUGCUGCUACAGCGGCGCUGGGCUGAGCUGCACAGCUGCUGGGAGGCGGAGCUCUCAUCAACGGACGGCAACCCCCUCAACCAAAAAACAAACCCGGUGUUUAUCAACACCACCAAUUGAGGUGGCGUGCAGGCGUCCGUGAAAGGAGGGAUGUGUUGGUGAGGCACAAGGCGGCGUGUGUGUCAGGUGAGGCGUGGUGACGACGGGGUUUGUCAAUGCGGGACGUAACAGCGCUCCCCAGGCGACACACGGCGACACACGAUUCGGGACUUCAUGGACUCCUGGUCUUGAAUUGAGGGCUGCAGACAUUCUGAAAUAGGUUUUCGUGAACCACUUGAGCUAAAAAAACCGGUUGCGUCGACUGUGAUGGGGCCGGCACGGCAAGGGGUUGCCAGCAGGCCUUGCUCUGAUAUCGGGAACUUCGCGGCUGGAACUGAUGCACAUCAGGGCUUCCUAACGUUGCAGCGUGCACCAUAUGGUUGUGCCAUGGCUGGGGUUCCAGGCGGGGGCUGCAGCCAAUCGGACUUCGGCAGUA